AUGAUGUCGACAAUGAUGAUUUUAUCCAAAAAAAUUAAAAAAACCAAUAAAACAACAACAACGAAAACAACAACAACAACAAUGAUCACAAUGAUUACUGAAAUUGGUAUUUCAUCAAUUAUCAAUCAAACAAUAUUAUCGAUUACAAUAAUGUUGAUUAUUAUUAUUGGUAAUCUAUUUCAAAUAAUAUCAAUAAAUGAUUCAUUUAAAUUAACAUCAACAAUUAACUGUGAUCAAAUUUAUAAUUAUAAUGAUGAUAGUAAUAAUAAUAAUAAUAAUCAUUAUAAACGUUUAAUUAUAAAUCAACCAAAUACAAAUGAAUCAUUAAUGGCAUCUGAACAUUAUAAUCGUAUAUUAAAAUAUGCAAAAUGUCAAUAUCCACAUGCAAAAAUUAUUAAUAUACAAAAUGAAUUACAAAUAAAUCCAAGUGCAACAAAAAAAUAUAUACCACAUUGUACAAUAUUACAUUAUUGUGGUGAAAAUUCUGGUUGUUGUCGUUUAGAAACUGAACAUUGUAUACCAAAAACAAUUGAAGAAGUAAAAUUAUAUUUUUGGACAAUUGAAAUAACAUCACGUGGUCAACAUAAAAAAGGUAUCGAAAUAAUUACAAUGAAAAAUCAUACUGAAUGUAUGUGUGCACCGAUCAAUCAAAAAUCAUCGCCAUCAUCAUCAUUAUCAUCAUCAUUAAUUAAAAAUGAUCAUAAUCAAAAUGGUCAUGGAUAUAAUCGAUCAUCAUCAUCGCAUCAUUUUAAUCAUUAUCAACAACAACAACAACAACAACAACAUCGUUUUGAACCAGUUACAUCAUCAGCACAAAUGACAACAACACCAACAAUAAUGCUGUUAAAACAACGUACAACAUUAUUAGCUAAAUUAAUUAUGACAAAUAAUAAUAAUAAUUCUAUACAGCCAACAACAUGAAACGAAAUCAAUUAUCAAUCAUCAUCAAUGUUAAUUAUAUUGGAUAAUGAUUUUAU